AUGGCCCGCAUCAUAGACCUGGUGCCCUGGGACGAAUGCUCUGCCCACCUGUAUGCUUCACCAGCGGUCCUACUCCCUCUGGAGCGAGUGCGCCGCCCACUCGCCGGUGUGAAGCAUCAGCUCUACAACCCGGCCCUGCCUUCCCUUCGGCGCAUGGACAUGGACACCGUCAAGGGUUGCCUCUCCGAUGAACACUGCCAGUCUUCCACCUACUACUCCAAAGAUGAUUUCAACAAUGCCCACUUCACACUCCUAGGAGUCCCCAACAAACCCCUGCAAUGCCUGGACUUCACAGCAACCGGCCGGAAGCUCUGUCACAAGUACCGCAGUGGAAAGAUGAUCCCCAUCGCGCCAGGCAUUAACCGGGUCGACUGGCCCUGCUUCACACGUGCCAUCGAAGACUGGUCUCAGUUCGUGUCCAGGUCCGGAGAGUUCAAGCUGCCUUGUGCCAACAAAAGGGUGGAGGGUUUCAGUGGCUACGCGGUGAGGUACUUGAAGCCGGAGGUGACCCAGAACUGGCGGUACUGCCUCAACCAGAACCCCAGCCUGGACCGCUACGGACAGAAGCCCCUACCUUUUGAUUCGCUGAACACGUUCCGGAGCUUUGGCUCCCACUACAGUCGCAUCAACUAUCUGACUCCCUGGCAUUAA